GGGGGUCCCCAGUUAAAAUCAACAGUGUUAAAGCGAGGACUUGAGGACUUGUUCACAGUUCCCCGGAACGUGACCGUUACUUGUGGAUUAUUGUGAUGUUUUGUAUCAGUUGUUUGGACUCUCAUUCUGACGGAUUUUGUUGUGAAAGCCUGGCAACCCUGGUGGGCGGGGCUUAAAAAUGGCGGUAAUACACGUCAAUAAACAUUAGAAGACGAAGGGAAAGAUGUUUCCAAACUCGCGAAGUUUAAUGUCUUCAUCUAUCGCGGUAUAUUUUAAAUCCAUGUUUCUCCUGUUUGUAUUUGGAUGGUUAGACUGGGGAACUCUAGAAGUGGUGUUUUUAAGAGGAUUUGAGCCGCACUUGUGAACCCGUGCGCUGACCUUUGAGAUUCAAAGACUAAAGCUGCAGCGGCAAACAACAUCUAUUUCUCUCUCAGAUGACGUCAGAGAAGCCGGCAUUGCCUGUGGACGGCCAGCGGGACGAGUCUGAAGCAGGUUUAGGAGUCGAGCAGGAAGUCACGCAGGAAGUCACGCAGGAAGUGGCCCGGGACGGCUGGGACAGCAAGGUGGAAUACUUCCUCGCUCAGCUGGGAUUCAGUGUGGGAUUGGGAAACGUUUGGAGGUUCCCGUACCUCUGCCACCAGAACGGAGGAGGAGCGUUCAUCUUGCUGUAUGUGCUGUUGAUGGGGCUGGUCGGCGUGCCGUUGUUUUUUCUGGAGCUGGCGGCGGGUCAGAGCAUCAGACAGGGCAGCAUCGGCGUCUGGAGGCACAUUUCUCCUAAAUUUGUUGGCAUUGGCUACUCCAGCUGUGUGGUGUGUUUCUUUGUAGCUCUGUAUUAUAACGUCAUCAUUGGUUGGAGUAUUUUUUACUUGGGAAGUUCCUUCCAGUAUCCUCUACCUUGGGAAAACUGUCCAACAGAAGGGAAUGGCACCGUGAAGGAAUGUGCCGCCAGCUCUCCCACGGUGUAUUUCUGGUACCGUAAAGCUCUGGAUAUCACAGAUUCCAUUGAUGAAACAGGAGAGUUUAACCCUAUCAUCACUGGAUGUCUGCUGGCUGCUUGGGUCAUCGUUUGUCUGGCCAUGUACAAGGGCAUCAAAUCGACCGGCAAGGUGAUGUAUUUCUCCUCCGUGUUUCCAUACGUUGUGCUGCUGUGUUUCCUGAUCAGAGGCGUGACGCUGGACGGGGCGUCCGAGGGCAUUAAAUUCAUGUUUUACCCCAGGCUGGAGAUCUGGGCUGAUGUUCAAGUGUGGCGUCAGGCGGCGACUCAGGUCUUCUUCGCUCUGGGUUUGGGGUUCGGUUCUGUGAUCGCGUACUCCUCCUACAACCCGAGAAACAAUAACUGCCAUCGAGAUGCGUUCACCGUGUCUGGAGUCAACUUCAUGACGUCUCUUCUGGCCACGCUGGUGGUGUUUGCAGUGCUAGGCUUCAGAGCCAAAACCAUUGCCACAGAGUGUGUUAAACGUAACAUGAAGGCCGUGUUUGAAGCGAUGUCCAGCACUCAUCUCCCUGACCUCCUCAUCAAUGCAUCAGAUGUGGAGAGCGUCUCAUUGAACGAGUAUGAGCACUGGUACAGGACUCAGGGCCAGCAGCUGAGUGUCCCCGGGUACAACAUCACCGCCUGCAGCCUGGAGGACGAGCUGAAACAGGGUGUGGAGGGAACUGGUUUAGCGUUCAUAGCGUUCACUGAAGCCAUGACGCUGUUUCCUGGGAGUCCGUUCUGGUCGGCGCUGUUCUUCCUCAUGCUGCUCAAUCUGGGUUUGUCCACCAUGUUCGGCACCAUGGCAGGAAUCCUGACUCCACUGACGGACACGUUUAAUACCCUCCGUAACCACAAACUCCUCUUUACAGCAUGCAGCUGUGCGGUGGGCUUUCUGCUCGGUCUCACAUUCACUCAGCGCUGUGGAAACUACUUUGUGACGAUGUUUGAUGACUAUUCUGCCACACUUCCCCUCAUCAUCGUCGUCAUCUUUCAGACCUGGAGCGUGGCCUGGGUUUAUGGAGCAGACAGGUUUUUGGAGGACGUGAGGCAGAUGUUGGAUCGUCCGGUUCCUGUGGUGUACAAGUACUUGUGGAAAUACGUGUGUCCGAUUGCUAUGCUGGGGCUCUUGGGUGCCAGUCUGCUAAAAAUGAUCUUAGAGCGUCCCACAUACACCGCCUGGAACAGAGAAAAGGCGUCUAAAGAAAAUCUGCCUUAUCCUGACUGGGCUCUUGCUGUCCUGAGCACGCUCAUCAUUGUCGCCUUUCUUCCUGUUCCUAUCGGAUUCAUGCAUUCCCUUCUCCUGGAGCGGCUCGGCCAGUCUCCGGCAGACGCUGAGGUGGGAUACAUGCCGUGUGCCACCACAGACAUAGACCUGACCCCUCUCAGCACCUUACCUCCUUCAGGAGAUGACCCCAAUCCAUUUCCCCCUUUGCUUCAUGAUAACCAUGACUCUCGAUUGCCGCACGGCCCCAUUGAACACUUCGAAUCUGAUUUAUGAGAAGAAACUAUGUUAGACUUUACAAACCUCUAAGGAAGGAUCUAUUUAAAUCAGGAGUUAUUUAGCCAUUUGUAAAGGCUCCUUUUAACGGUAGUUGACAUCUGCUGAACUCCGAAAUUAAUUUUGCAUUAUAUUCCACGCCUUUUGUGAAAGUCUUUGCUACUCGAAUCUCAGUUUAAACCCGUUACAUGUGAAAACUCUUUAUAUGCAGCUGAUGACAUUUCGUUUUUCCAGUAAACACUAAAGCCUUUUUCCAAAUUAACACUAUAGUUACACAUUAAAAUGAUCAAAUAUCUUGGUAACUGAUGGUUCUGCUGCUUUAGUUAUCUGAUCAGGUUAUUUAAUCACAUUUUUGUGUGUGAACCCAGCCGUAUUUGAAUGAUUAAGUUCAUUAGUAAUGGUUUUUCUGACCACUAGAGCAUCAAAAGGUUAAUGUUGGUCCAUUCUGAUGUGUUCUGAGUUUUGUGUCAUUAUUUAAGUGAGUGUAAAGUGGUACAUCGUGUGUUCAGAACACCAUUUGAAUCAUUAAAUGAUCGCUCAUUACUGAGACCUGGAACAAACCAGAGUCUACAACAUGAACAACUCUAUCCAUCAAAAUAUGAGGGAAAUUUAUUUGGGAGGAAAAACAUUCCAUUGGAUUUUUUUCAAACAUUUUUGUAAAAAAAUAAAAAAUAAAUUAAGCAUCAACUACAGCCAUCAUUAAAAAAAAUAUAUAUUUUUUUAUUUUCUUCUAGUCAUAGUUUGUAUGUGACGCAUGAUUUCUUAUGAAGUGUUUUAAAACAGCAUUUUUCAGAACAAUUUCAUAUAUUUUUCUAUUAAUUAAUUUUAUAUUGUACAGAAAUAUUUGUUGCUGGAUUUUAUUUCUCUCAGGGGUUUGAACUCUGUAAGUGGCUUGUUCUGGUCUGUAAUGUGUGUGUGUGUGUGUGUGUAUAUAUGAUGAAAGGGUGUAAUUUAACUGUGUUCCUAAUUUAAUAUACUUGAGAAAUCUCAGAUCAUGACGGGUAAUUUUAUUGUCUUCGUUGUGAAUGUCCCACGCUACAGUGUGUUUUCAGUAUUUGCUCUCUUGCUUUGUCAAAGUCAGAAACUUGAUUCUGAAGUCUUGGGUUUGUGUGAAUGCUGUGUACAGUUUGCAUUAUGAUGAUGAUCUUGUUUCUGUAUAAAUUGAUAUUUGACUCUUAUGGAUUUUGGUUUCUUUUUCUGUAUAAAGGUCAAUCUUUUA